AUGGCAACUAACACUCUACCAGACACGUUCUUUCAACAACUCGUUGCUAAAUAUGAAACAGCAAAAGGUGAUCACCAUAUCUUAUUCAAUGGAGAAUCUGCCGUGCAUGAACUUAUCUCAGUCCCCACUGGAUCUUCAACCAUCAACUACCAAAUCACAUUAUUAAAAUCAUUAAUGCAUCGUCCAGAUCAAGGAUCAAAAGACAAAAACCCUUUUGCUAAUCCAGAACCUGAACUCACAAUCCUAGCCAAUUAUAAAGACGAAUUCAAAAUCGUAUUUAAUAAAUACCCCGUGGUAGAUUAUCAUUUCAUGUUAGUUACUAAUGAAUUUCGUCCACAAUCUUCUCCACUUACACCAUUGGAACUUCUGGCUACCUAUGAAGUUCUCCAGGCUUUGAAAACCCAAGAUACUGGCCGUGAUUGGGUUGGAUUUUAUAAUUCCGGUGAUGAAAGUGGUGCAUCUCAACCACAUAAACAUAUUCAAUUCAUGAGUCUUCCAUCUGAUUUCGUACCUUAUUCAAAGAGUUUAUGUGAUAGUUAUACAGAGGAAGGAUAUAUACCUAUCAAUACUAUUGUUGAACGAUAUCCACUCCAAGAUGGGAAUAUCCCAUUUGCGCAUUUCUUAGCCAAAUUCCCCACCGAUAUUGAUGAAGAAGGAUUGGCAUUGAGUUUUGCAGCAUUGUUACAGAGAACACUUACUGUAUUACGUGAGAAUCAAGCUACUAGUAUUUCAUAUAAUUUUAUUAUGACUACUGAAUAUAUGAUGAUGAUUCCACGUAGAUCAUCUAAAUAUAAACAAAUUGGAAUUAAUUCUUGUGGAGUAUUGGGAUUGAUAUUAUGUAAGAAUGAAGAAUUGUUAGAUUUAGUAAAGUCUGAUGGAUGUUUAGAAGUUACUAAAGGUGUUUGUUUUGAAAAUACUUCAGGAAAAGCUGAAACUGAUUAUGAUUAUUAG